UAAUCUCUCAACGCGCGACACUCGUUCCCAGUGUAUUUUAACUCGUAAACGCAGCGCUGGUGUUACCAACAUUAACAUCAACCUUUCGACAAGUUGGCUGAAAGCACUGCUGUCAUUUAAUAUUUUCUAGUUAUCAUUUAUAUUAAUAUCUCGCAUGCAUAAAUUUGUGACAAAAAGAGUAUGUACAUUCCAAUAUUAUCAACAAAGUUCGAGUAAUAAAUUGUAUUUUUGUACCAAAAAAAAUACUCGUGAUUCUCAAUUAGUAAGGGCCCGGUGAUUUUCAAAUUUUAUUUUUUGCAUUUAGUUACUACACGUAUUACAUAUAUCUCUAUUAAUAGUAUAUUAGAAGACCGGGAUCAGUUGACUAUAGGGGUAGAAACAUUCUACUUGUUAGGCAAACUCAACAUUGCUGUAAAAAUGGGAAAAAUAUAUGAGCGCCGUUUGGAACAGCCAACGCCAAAUGUGUCUUUGGGAGAAGUCAUUCUAAACAAAUUGCGUGAGAACAACGAUCAUAUUUACGCAAUAGACGGACCAACCGGCAAUCAGAUGACAUGUAGAGAAUUACUCGAGAAAAGCGUGAAGCUCGCAAAGUUCUUGCAAAGAUACGGAAUAAAAAUUGGAGACAGAAUUGCCAUUGCAACUGAAAACCGAUUAAAUUGGUUAAUACCAGGUUGCGCCAUUUCUUAUCUUGGUGCUAUAAUAGCACCGUAUAAUCCUUCAUAUAGAGAAUAUGAAUUCCAGCACAUGUUGAGCAUUGCGAAGCCGCGUAUUGUCUUCGUGUCUGAGCGCACCGAAAGUGUCCUCGCUAAACUCCUACCACAGUUAUCCUGGAAAAUGGAAUUAAUACAGCUGGAUGAUCAAUCGCUCACAGCAAACGUCCGUACGUUGACAGAUAUCUUAAACAACGAACCAGAUGUAAACUACAUGGAAUACAAACCUACAGAUAUCGAUGACACCAGCCGUCAUCCAUGGGCUAUUCUUUCUUCAAGCGGAACCACAGGAUUGCCAAAAGGAGUAACGCUGUCUCAUAAAAAUUUAAUUGCGUUUUUAGUAAAAAUGCGCGAGCCCGAAUACUUGGACGCAAGAAGUGGCGACAAAAUGUUGAUGCUGCUGCCGUUUUAUCAUGGCUACGGGAUAGGCACGAUGAUGAUCGGUCUUAUCUCGAGGUGCACCAUGAUUAUAAUGUCUGCCUUCGAGCCGAAACUCUUCCUAACUCUGGUACAGAAACAUAAGGUCACCCAUCUACCGGUCGUGCCGCCGAUUUUGACGUUCCUGGCGAAACAUCCGCUGGUGGAUAGAUAUGAUUUUCGCAGCGUGAGAGAACUCGUCUGCGGAGCGGCGCCGCUCGGGAAGGACGUUGUAACCGCGGUAAAAACUCGCCUCGGCGUAAAAUACAUUCGAAACGGCUAUGGCAUGACGGAAUUAUCGAUAGUGAGCGGUGUGAGCGGACGUAACGACGACGAUAAUGACGAUUCGUUCGAGAAUCCAGGAACUGGAUUACUUGUACCUGGUUUUCUUGGCAAAGUGGUCGAUCUUGAAACACAAGAGACGUUGGAGGCCGGCCAGAUGGGCGAGAUUUGCUAUAUGGGGGAACAGGUGAUGCUGGGUUACUGGAACAACCCUGAAGCGACCAAACAGACCAUCGACCAGGAUGGAUGGCUUCACACCGGUGACAUUGGCUACUUUGACAACAAGAAUAGGUUGCAUGUGAUCGAUCGUGUCAAGGAGCUGAUCAAGUAUAAAGGCUACCAAGUCGCGCCGUCAGAGAUAGAAACCGUCCUACUGUCGCAUCAAGCGAUAAAAGAUGCCGCGGUCACCUCCAAACCUGAUGAACGUAACGGAGAGGUUCCAGUGGCCUUCAUAGUGAAGCAACCCGAUGCCACGAUCACCGCCCAAGACGUGCAGGAGUUUAUCAAACAGAAACUGUCGGAGCAAAAAUGGCUGCAUGGCGGGGUGCAAUUUGUCGAUGCCAUACCGAAGAAUCCUUCCGGCAAGAUCCUACGUCGCGAACUUCGAACAAUGAUCUCUAAAUUGUAAUAAUAAAAAUCGCAAGCCAAUAAAUUUGUUACAAGUAUAAAUCUCCUUUGAUGAAAACCAAAAAAAUUAAAUCAACAACAUAUAAUAAUUUGUAAUAUUUUUAACAU